AUGUCUGCUUCGUCAGCAUCAAGGUCUCAGAGCCUCAGCCAAGAUACCAAUCUAGCAUCAUUCGGCCAUAUAGAAGAUGGCAGUGGUUUCGAGAAACUACCCUCUGUCGUCCCUGACUCCCAGGUUGCAUCGAAUGUAUACACGAAUCAGAUUCCUGUCAAGCGCUUUUCCGUGUCAAAGGAGGACGUAUCAAUAUCCGACAUCGCUGAGGGUUUCUCCUUUGGUGCAAAGAAGCCACCUCGUCCUGGGCAGUUCUCUGAACGACCCAAAAUUGAUCAGUCUCAGUCAGGUGAUAAUUCCAAGUUCUUCAACUCGACGGGCGCUCUUCCACGGAUGUCUCCUCCUGAUCCACCACGUCCCCUCAACAUACAGAUCCCUCCUCCUAGUCCACCACGCAUCCCUACGUUACAGAUUCCUCCUUCCAACCCACCACGUCCUUCUAACAUACCGAUGCCCAAACCUCAACCCUUAGAUCUACCCGAGAUCGGACUGGUUGGGAGACAAUCUUCCCCCCAGGAUUCUCCUCCUCUAUCACAUCGAGAGAUCUCAGUCUCUCCUGGGCAACAGGAGCAACACUCUCCAAAGUUUCCUCAACAGGGAACUCCUCAGAAGAUUGACGCUGGCCCUGCGGCUUUGUGUGCUGAAAGCUCUGAGAAUCACCGUAGGGAUAGCGCUCCUUCUACUGGGCUACACGCGCCGCCCCCAAGAACCAAAGCAUUCUCAAGCUCUCCACGACCUUCUAGGGUGGUUAAUUCGGCCGGAACACCUCAGUAUAGACAGGACAAGAAUCGUCUCGAAUCUUCCUCAUCUAACGAACGUGCACGCAAUUUUGAGCAUCUGAAAUUUCCACUUCCACACAUUGUCCAGAAUGGUCCAACUCAUCAUAGCGUUUCGUCUCCAAGUACUUGCGGUGAUCUCGAAAUGCCUGCUCCGCAAUCUCCAAGGGCUGCGAGACGAAGUCGUACUUCAGGUGGUUACUGGUCCAAGCAGCCGACUACAAGAUCUGAUCACUACAGAGGGUCGGAGAAAUAUCACGAACGCCCGCAAUCCAGAGAAAGUAAUGUCUCCAGAAAACGCUCGUCGAGGCGAAAGGAUCGGUCACGAACUACAGUAGAUCCUGAGCGAAAGAAGCUUGCUAUGCAGAAUGUGGCUCAACACUGGAACGAAUGUAUCCAGAUCUCUGAGGCGGAACGCAUCGAGGCAGCCAGAGAGAUUGCUCGCCUUGAGGAUGAGGUCCACUGUGCAGAAGAAGCCUUGGAGAUGUCAAGGCAGCUCAUCUCUGAGAAAGACGCGGCAAUUCAAGAACUAACAGAUAUUCACCAAAGUCAGAAAGAAGAAGGGUCUCUGGCCGAAAAGGAAAGUCAAAAACUUCUGAACGAGGUGGAAUCUUUGCGUUCAGAGCUGGCCAAAUCCCAUGAAGACAAAGCAGCGAUUCAUGAAAGAUAUCGCAAGAAUCGAGCCAAGCUUAAUGAAGCCAUCACUGAACAACAAGAUCUUUUCAAUCGAUCCCGUGCCCGCUGCGAGGAAAUUGCGGAAUUGCAGAAAGACAAAGAGAAACAUGAUAUAGAUGUCAAAGCUGUCGAGUUAGCUCUUGAGGCUAGUCGAAAGAAACGUGAGGAGCUUAAGAGCUGUGUCGAGCAAUAUCGAGCUGAGACAGAACAAGAGGCUCAAAAGAAAAACCACGCCAUCGAGAAGCUUCGUCUUCAGCUUGAACACCAGCAACAAGAACUCAUUCGUGAGAGGGCAGCAGCCAGUGAACUUCAGAGGCAGCUCAAAACAGAAUCAGCUCUGACAGAUAUGGUCAAGAAUAUCCAUUCUGAUCUUUCUUCCCUGAAAGAAAAUAAUGAUAGACACAACGAACGGAGCCAGAAUCAAGACAGGAUGACUAAAUGCCUUUCAGAAAAACUCGAUCGUAUAAGCGACCACCUGAAUUCACACAUCGAGGGGCAAUUUACAAAUGGAGAUGUCAAAUCAUUGCUGGAGAAUUUGGGAACCAACAUCAUUACUCGAUUGGCGUCGGAAAUACAUAACGUCAUCUCGUCGCAGACAAAUGCAGCAAAGACUGCUGCAUGUUUUCAUGAAACUGUCCAUGGCCACUUCGAAAAGCUGCAUAACAACAUGGCCGAACAACAAAGCACCCAAUCUAAAACCCAGCAGUGGUUUGAAGAAAAUCGACAGGUUUUCAUCGAUUAUCUCGACGCCAUAUCCACCAAGACUGUCGAAACUCAAAGGGCUUGCGAAGAAUUGAAGAACGGCUGGGCCGACUUUUCUGAGAGUAACUCCGCCUGGAGAGAUAGCUUCAAGAACAGUUUGCACAACGAGAUCACCCAACAACUUGGGAAUCGAGAGUCAAAGAUUGUUAAGCUUGAAGAGACAAUACGCCAGGUUUCUCUUGAAUGGUCUCGGAAGCUCGAAGGUAUGAAAUCAUCUAUGCUCGAAAAUAACCAACAGGCCGAGCAAGGUUUGCAAGGAGCCAUCCGUGAGGUCAAAGAAACUCUCGACAAACGGUUUCAGGAGCAGAGUGUUGCAUCCCAGGGCGACAUCUCCAAAUCGGAAGCCAUUCGCUCCACAAUAGAAGUGCACCUUGAGCAGGUCCGGCAGCAACUGGAAUCAGUUUCGUCAGGCGACCCCGAGUCCCAACUUCUACGCGAGGCGUUACUUGAAGAACGUAAAAAGACUUCUGGUCUACAAGAAGAUCUUGUCAAGUUACAAAGCGAUGCUGCCACCAGCAGCGAACUUUGUCGAAGAGAACGUGAGGACUUCAAGGCUAUGGAGACACUCAAGAGUCAGCUGGAAGGCAUGAGUGUACGAGUGCCUCGUGUGGAAAACCUGAACACCACAUUCAACAAAAUGAUUGACCUCAAUCAGAUAUUGCAAUCGACGGCUUCCUACUUGAGCAAAGAACACAAUUGGGUACAGGAUGAGUUAGCUGCCAGACUGCCGACCAUCGCUCCCAACGAGUCACAGGAAAGCGAAGCCGGAACUGAAUGGGGUUACCUCCAGGGGCAGCGUUCCGAGGAGCCACGCCCUGGCCUCCAGGCACAGGACAUUGGCGGAAAACGUUCCAGCGAUAUCAGUGAUGUUUUGACACUCGAUGUCCAUGCUCAGGGAGAGAGAUAUCGCCGUAGGGUUGUCGUCGCCAGUCCUGCAAUCGAAGAAUCGUUGCCAGCCCCUCCGCUUUCAAUUGCACAAGAGCAACAAAGGCGCCGAGAGCCCAGUGUUGCGCGGCCCAUCUUACGGCCAGCAGCUGCAUCAAUGAAGGAGGCCGAUCCUCUCGGGGUUGCCUUGAAUCAUGACCAAUACAACCGGCCUGUAAUGGCCAGGGCGAGCUCUACUGCGAGUGGCACCAACCCAGCUAUGGUCGAACAAGUUCGCACAGGUUUGAUGCCAAGAAUGGGGAAAUAG